AUGUGCAAAUGUGCACCGGAGGAGGUUAUUCACUGUAACAGAGCUGGAUUGAGAGCCCUCCCUGGAGAGAUUGCAGCAUCCACAGUCUCUCUAAACCUCUCCAAUAAUUAUCUGCGGAUUCUGACCACCAACACAUUCAGAAACCUGACUUUCCUCCACAGCCUCUGGCUGGAUGGAAACAAUUUGACUUUCCUCUCCCCAGGGACCUUCCAUGCUCUCAGCAAGCUGCGGGAGCUGGAUCUCAGCAGGAACUCACGCCUCACCUACCUGCAUGCAAACACCUUCAGAGGACUGUUAAAUCUCAUCAGCUUGGAUUUGUCUCACUGCAAUAUCUUUGAAAUCCAUCCACUUCUGUUUUCACACCUGCCCUCUUUAGAAAGACUCAACUUAGCCUCCAAUAACAUGCGCUAUGUUCCACAAGCCUUUAGCAAUCUCUCCAGCCUCACAAGGCUGUCACUGGAAAGCAAUCACAUAGAAGCCAUUGGCAGAGAUUCCCUGAAGGACCUGGAAUCCCUGUACGAUCUGAAUCUCAGGAAGAAUCGGAUAUGGAUCAUUCAAAACGGCGCUUUUACAAAGCUUCUCAGACUGGGCGUCUUAAAUUUAGGACACAACUUCAUUGCUGAUUUACCUAAUCAGCUUUUUGAUGGGCUGAUCCAGCUCAAGACUAUGCACCUCGAAGCCAACAGGAUCACUGAUAUUGACUGCACCUUCAGACUUCUGCUUAACUUGAGAAACUUGUACCUGAACAAUAAUCAGAUAUCCUCUAUUUCGGGCUCUGCUUUCUCUUACCUGAACAAGCUACAUUUCCUUCACCUGAGCAAGAACAACCUCAGCUCACUUCCCCUCCGCUUGUUUGUAGAACUGCCAAAACUGAAGUACGUGUUCCUGUCCCACAACCCCUGGAAGUGUGACUGCAAGAUGUUUUGGUUCUUGCGGUGGACAUCCAUGUUCAGGGGAGCACUCGAAGGCCUGGACUGCGCCUUCCCCAGCCGCCACAACACAACAGCCCUCGGUGUCCCCCAACCAGGGGACCCAACGGACUGCACAGCACCACCUGAGCUGGAAAGCAAGGACAAGUGUGGGGCAGCUGGUAUCAGCAUGGCUCCUGGGUCCCAUGCCCCCACCAGUAAGGUCUUCCUGCUGGUAGUCACUUGCCACUCAUGGUAUUUUGCAAGGAGAUGGGACAGCUCAACAGCCUUGCUUUGA